CUUUUCCUUCUCUUUUUCCCUUUCUCUCUCUCUCGCUCUCACAGAAUGGGGGUGUUUGGGACGGGGAGGGAGCGUAUCAGAGGGGGGUCUGUCUGUCUGCGUGUGUGAAGGCACAGACGGUUCAGUAGUAAUGUGAUGUGUGUCCCGAGGGAUGUUUGAUGGAUUAAUGCUGAGCAGCUCCACUGCGAUGUACCACCUGAUCUCACUCCCACCGUCUGCCUCUAUAAAACCUGCCUGACUGCUGAUCUCAGCUAGUCUCUCAGUCUCUCCUGUCUCUGUCUGUCUGUCUCUCUUUCUUCCUAUCGCUCUCUCUCUCUCUCUCUCUUCUCUAUCUCUUCCUUCUCUCAGCCGCCUCCGCUGCAGGCCAGGAGCUAUCCAGUGCUGAACAAGUGAAUUUUUUAUUUUUUUCAGCAGCGUAAGCGGGUGUGUGUGUGUUUGUGUGUACAGUAGAAGGCACCAGACAUCUCUCUCUUCUCCUGCGUGAACUUCAUUUUUUUCUUUAUCUAGUCACCUUUUUUUUUUUAGUUUCUGGGACGUGGAUCUUUUUUUGUAUACACUGGAUUUCAUUCGGGACGAUUUUCACCAGGGUUUGUUUUCUGUCUGCGGCCGAUGUGAAGGAUUUCUGGUGCGUCUGUGCGACCGUGUGUGAACCAUGCCUCGCUCAUUCCUGGUGAAGAAAAUCAAACUGGAUGAUUUCUCCUCGUCUCCCGUGUCAGCGUCUAACCAUCAUCAUCAUCAUCAUCAUCUCGAUGACUCCUUCACACGCUCUCGCUCCAGCCUGGGCGUCCGGCUUUGCGAAAACGGCUACAUCCAGGAUUGCAUCAGCCCUUCUGAAUACACAGAGGAGAAGCAGGCCGACAUGAAGCUGAGCUCGGAUCCACUGUACUCCCCAGUCAGCAGCGGAGGAGGGGAGUACUGCCAACCGGACCUGGAGCACCCGGACAGCCCCCAGUCCGGCCUCACGGCCCGUGGAUACUUCAACAGCGAGAGCGAAUCUCUCAGUGAGGGUUACACCAUGGACACGUUCUUCAUAUCUGACGGCCGUUCAAGGAGGAAGGGAGAGGUCGCAGAAGCAAGGAAGGCUGCCGAUGAUGAGAAAGAAGUGGUGGCGGUGAACAACGGUGGUUCCCGACACACCUGCAACGAGUGCGGAAAGACCUACGCCACUUCAUCCAACCUGAGCCGACACAAGCAGACCCACCGCAGCCUUGACAGCAAGAUGGCACGCAAGUGUCCCACCUGCGACAAGGUUUACGUGUCCAUGCCGGCGCUGGCCAUGCACAUCCUCACUCAUAACCUCAAGCACAAAUGUCAUGUGUGCAGCAAAGCCUUCAGCCGGCCCUGGCUGCUUCAGGGGCACAUGCGAUCGCAUACGGGAGAAAAACCCUUUGCCUGCGCCCACUGCGGGAAAGCCUUCGCCGACCGGUCCAACCUACGAGCGCACAUGCAGACGCAUUCGGCCUUCAAACACUACCGCUGCAAGCGCUGCAAUAAGACCUUCGCGCUGAAGUCCUACCUGAACAAGCACUAUGAGUCCGCCUGCUUCAGAGGCUCCGGAGACGAGGACGAGUCUGGCUCCGAGAAUUAACAAAAGAGAAAAGAUGAAGAUGAGUUAACGCUCUCAAAAAUCCCCCCAGAGACUCCCUUCACACACCCCACUUUCCCUUUUUUAGAAAGCAAUAUUUUCACCAAGAAAAAAACCAAACCAACCCAAUAAUAAGAAGACAAUAAUGAAUAGAUGCUGGAUUUUUUUCUUUGGUAAAAAAAGACCCUCUCAUAUAGACACGUACAAUUAUGAGGCUUGGCAUGCAAAUUUUUAUGAACAUAAUACUAUUAAUAACGAUAGUAAUAAUAUUUAGAUUCCUGAUGUUUUAUAGUAAAUCAUAAAAAGACAUAAAAAAGACAGCAACAGGUUUGUGCUUUUUGAGAAAUGAAAUCAAUUUGUAUUUUUAUGCUGCUCU